AUGCUACAUCAUCUACCGCAUGGCUUCGAUAGCCGUAAGGGAAUCUGCAAUCCAACCGAGGCCCCCGGUCUGCGCAACCUUUGCCCCGUCCCGUGCGAGGGCGACACCUGGAUAGCCAUGUCAUUCCAGGCACGGCAAACCGUUCGACCUCUCGACCCCCCUCCUCAAUACCGCACGACAACCAACACCCUCGGUGGCUACGGGCUGUCCGCACCCCGGAUGCCCCAAACCGUGACCAGCUAUUUUGGGAACGACCGCGCUCUCCCCAUGUACAAAGAUAAGCCGUAUUUUGCGCCGCGGCGCACGGUCCCGAGGCGGCGGUGGAGACUCCUGCUAAACGUGCUGGGCGUAUGUACAUUGAUCUACCUGUGGUAUUAUAAGGGGGCUCUGCUAUCGUGGAAUACUACGGCACCUUAUGAGGCCCAGGACAAAGGGUUAGAGCUUUGGAAGUGGAUUCAGAGUCUGGACGACACCGGCGCAUCCAAGGGGUCUGUGGAUUGGGAUGAAAGACGAGACAAGGUACGGGAUGCGUUCGUUGUCAGCUGGGAGGACUACGAGAAAAAUGGCUGGGGUAAGUAA